ACUGACAUUUAUGAGGAAGUUGUUGUCUUCUGGCCAGUGCGCGAGACUUUAGUAAUUUUUCCAAAUAUUACAAGUACGUGGACGAUUGGUGAGUGCAAGAGGGAAUAAAAUCGAAGAGGACUCCGGUUUCGCACCGGCACUAGUCAUAAUGCAAGGCACGAUUAUAGAGAAUCUCAGCGGUAAGAAGCUUGCCGUGCUCGUGUUGCUCCUUGUACUUGGACAGAUUGUAUCCUUCCUCGUUGGAGGUCUCGUAGCUCCACCACCGUCAAAUAGUCAAAACAUAUUGGGAACUGCUUGCUUAGAUCAGCGUAAUGCUAAUGGUACUCCGCCAGGAAUAGAUAAAUGGAUGUAUUCCAGACCAUCUGGAAAGUGUGAUAUAAUUGACACUCAUGAGAUUACAGAAAGGAUUUUACCAAUUGUUUAUUCGUUUCAAAUGCCCACACCUCGUAAUAAGCAAAUAUUAGAUUAUUCUCGAUGGCAACAUAGCUUAAUUGGCGUUUUACAAGUCGAUAUUAUGUAUCACAGUCAUAUAAUUGUCCCUCCUACAACAAAAUUGACAUUAGAUGCUCGAUUGGCGUAUAGAAAUAAAGAUGAUCCUGAAAAUGCAUGGAAACAUUAUGCUUCUUCUGUAGUCGAAAGAAAUUUAGAUUGUACCAUUGAUAAACUUCAUGAAGAAUAUAACUACAACUGCAGUAUAUUAUCACUUUUCGAAUUAGGAUCUUUAUUCCAUGAUUAUUAUUUGCUUAAUAUUCGUUUACCUAACGAUCCUCUAAAAAAUGUCAACCAAGAUCUAGGCCACGUUACUGAUUUAUGGCUUACUGUGAUAAAUCAAAAUGGUGGGUUUACAAAAGUUUGGGUUAGCUUAAAAACUAUUUAUUUCCCAAUCACACUUCUUAUCCUUUGCUGGUAUUGGAGAAGAAUUCAUAUGCUUUCUAGAUCACCAGCAUUACUCGAAUAUAUGUUGCUUGGUUUGGGCUGUGCGUUAAGUCUUUUAAACUUGCCAUUGGAGUAUUUUACAUUGGUAUUUGAUAUGCCAUUUAUGCUUUUGCUUGAGGAUGUUAGACAAGGAAUAUUUUAUGCUUUACUUUUAUCUUUUUGGCUUAUUUUCGCUGGUGAACAUUUAAUGGUUCAGGAUGGUGAUCACAAAAAUUCUUUAAAGGGUUAUUGGCGUCAUCUUUCAGCUGUUGGAGUUGGCUGCUUAUCAUUGCUCUUCUUUGAUGUAUGCGAACGCGGUGUCCAGCUUCGAAAUCCAUUCUAUUCAAUUUGGGUUACAAGUGUUGGAGCUAAAAUGGCUUUAUCCUUUAUAAUUUUAGCUGGAAUAUCAGCUGGAAUUUAUCUUCUCUUUUUAUCAUAUAUGAUUUGGAAAGUUUUUAUAAACAUAAGUGCUAAGAGGGCUGUAUUACCAAGUAUGAGUUCUGCUCGACGUCUUCAUUACGAAGGUGUAAUUUACCGUUUUAAAUUUUUGAUGAUCGCAACGUUGUUGUGUGCCUCAUUAACUGUCAUUGGUUUUAUUCUGGGACAGGUUGCUGAAGGCCAAUGGAAAUGGGAUCAAGAUAUAGAAUUAGAAAUGACAUCGGCUUUCUUCACAGGAGUUUAUGGCAUGUGGAAUAUUUAUAUUAUAGCUCUAUUAUGUUUAUAUGCACCAUCUCAUAAACAAUGGCCAGUUGAACCAUCAGAAAAUAGCGUGAGUGAGGAAAUCGAAUUUUCCAGACUGCCAACCGAACCCAAUGAAAUGCUAUCCUUAACGGCGUUCUCGCGAAAAACUGCAAUCGAUUAAAUAUAAUGAUGAUUUCAAGGACAAGCAUCUUUCAUUAGAUUUAUAACAUUUGCAAUAAAUAUCAAUUACACCCCUAUUGACGUGACGUACCAUCACACAGCAUUCGAGAGGCUUUGUCGCCUUUUUCUUGUCGAAUGCACAUAUAUUCAUACAUCUAGUAUUAAUAACAGCGGUAUUUGUUGUAAUAAUAAGAGUAGACUGUGUUACAGAAUCAAAUAUGGAAUGGUUGUAAAGUAAUCAAUGUACUUUAAGACCUUUGUAACUUUUAACGAGAAUAAUUUGGAAUAAUUUAUAAAAUAAUUUAAAA